CGUCCCCGUCCCCCCCCCCGCCUUCGUGCCUCUUCGACCGGGAAAUACCUCCCAAGAGUUGCCCGUCUUUCAGUCUGCCACAGAGGGGACCCUUUCGCGCAUUCAUCACGCAAAGCCGGCCGCUCAACUUCCACGCAGGGUCCAGAUGGCGGGACACGAGUGGGACGACUGGUUCCAGCGAGAGGAACUUAUCGGACAAAUCAGCGACAUACGUGUGCAGAACCUCCAAGCGGAACGGGAGGGCAUACAGAAGCGGACCUUCACGAAAUGGAUGAAUCUGCAUUUAGAGAAGUGCAACCCUCCCCUGGAAAUAACAGACCUGUUCAAUGAAAUUCGGGAUGGCCGGGUUUUGAUGGCUCUCCUGGAGGAGCUGUCGGGAUGUAAACUGCUGCACGGGUUCAAACCAUCAUCUCAUCGCAUUUUCCGGCUCAACAACAUAGCCAAGGUCCUGAAUUUCUUGGAGGAGAGAAACGUGAAGCUAAUUAGCAUUGACGCUGCUGAUGUUGCUGACGGGAAUUCCUCUCUUGUUCUCGGGCUGAUCUGGAACAUCAUCCUGUUUUUCCAGAUCAAGGAGCUGACGGGCACGAUCCAGAGUCGUUUCUCCUCCACCUCCAGCCUCUCCUCCCUGCCCAACAGUACUGACUCUGACACCUCUCACCCGGGCACCCCCGUGGAGCAGAAGACGCCCUCUCACCCGCGCAGGGAGCACGGGAAGGCCAUCCGGACGCUCCUGCAGUGGGUGCAGAGACGCACUGCCAAGUAUGGAGUGGUGGUGCAGGACUUCGGGAAGAGCUGGGUGUCCGGGUUGGCCUUCCUGGCAGUCAUUAAAUCCAUUGACUCAAGCCUGGUGGACAUAAGGAAGGCACGCUUGGGAACACCCAAGCAAAACCUCGAAGAUGCAUUUAGGAUUGCGCACUACAGCCUGGGCAUCCCACGCCUGCUGGAGCCAGAGGAUCUGAUGAUCAGCACACCUGAGGAACAGUCGAUCAUGACUUACGUGUCCCAGUUCCUGGAGCACUUCCCAGGACACAGUUCGGACGAAACUGCAGAAGCAACUGAGAGGGGUCCCCUGGCAGCCAGCACGGGCGUUCAGCAGGACCGCGUGUGCAUUAACGGGGUACACAGAGAGAAACCCCGGCCGUUCAUGCUGAGGAAGGACUCUGUGCCGCCCCCACCAAAGAUCUUCAUCUCCUCCGUCCCUGACGACGUCGAGCAAGUUUCCCCUGCUAAAGUCAACGUACCAAAAAAUUCUCAACCUGACAAGGAGAGCUGUAAAGAGUUAGACAAGUCCCCUAAACGACCUGUAGAACUGGGAAAAGAGGUAGUGUCUGUGUCCCCACAGCUGUCCAGCAUGGAUUCGGCCAUCGACUCUCCAGACUCCUGGAGUGAAAUGACAAGUGAGGCGGCUUUGCUAGAUAGUCCGGGGCUGCUGAUCGACUCGCCGUGCCCUAUCUCACCCAGCGAAGAGAAGGUGAGCCCUGACACUGUGGUUCAGGAGCCCUCUGUGUUGGGGAAAGUUAAAGAGGGUCCCAUUUCCAAAGAGCCUUUUGUAGAUGAAGGUAGCAUCUUGCAAACCUCAGUUGAUAGCUUCCAGACAGAUUCAAAACUUUCUCUAGAAGAAGAGGAUGCAUACCAGUAUAUUCUAGGGUUAAAUGAGGACAAGAAGGACAGCGAGUCCCCACAAGAGGCCCAAAAUGCACUAAGCUUCAGUCAAGAACCGACAGGGAUGUCUGUGGAACAGAGCCAUGAAACAACACCUCUAGAGCUCUCAGGUGAACUGAAGUCAAAAGACUUUUCACACAAAAUGGAGAAUGGACUCGGGCCUCACUCAGAGCAAAAUGAAACUUCCUUGUUGCAGGAUAAGAGCAGCACCAAGCCAACAAUUCCACACUUGUGUGAGGAAAAGAAAACAGUUGAAAUGCUUCCAGAACCAUGUAUGGAUUUGGUAACUGGUGUACAUGAGUCAGAAACCGCUCAGGAACAAAAUGAUGAUGUUACUGCAAAAUUACCUGCAGGUUCAUCUGUGGACCUUGUUGGAUUUGGAGAUUUUUCUCUUGAAGCAAGGAAUUCGAAACAAGAAGAGAGCUGUCCACAGCAGAAGUACCCAAUGGAGCAAGACAUCUCUAGUUCUGUCUCUGGGGGUCAGGAGCACCGUUCUGUGCCCUCUGAGGACCAAGGCGGCUUUCAAUGCCACUCUAAGACAGAGGUGGAGAAUCAAGAUCAGAACCACACAGGCCUCUGCUCUGAGGACCUAGUUCAUACUGAGCUACAGGACAAGAACAAUAACCUUGACCAUGCUGAGGACCUAGACAACAGUGUUCUUCGCUCAGAAGACCAGGAAUCUUCUAGAUGCUACACUGAUGUACAAAACACAAACCAUAACCAAUGCAUCACAGCUCAUUCAGAAAAUCUGGGCCUCAGUAGUUUAGAACCUGAGGAGUCAUACAUGAAAUUGGAUCAGCAGCAUAUUUCUAUGUUUGAGGGCCAAGUUCAUGCAAGGCUCAUAUAUGCCGUAGGAGAGAGUGAUGAUGACAGGGAUUUGCCUGUAGACUUGCUAAGUGAUGCGCCAAGUGAUUCGAAUGUUGACUUUAGAGGUAUCAAUGAAUGCAGAAGAACAAACACUGAUGUUCUUGAUGUCGGUCCCCUCAAAGAAGCAAGAAGCAUUGCAUUCCGCGAUAUCGAAACUAGUAACACGAGUCAAGACGCUCCAGAAGAAGCUGCCAAACGAGCUGAUCUUGACUCCGAGUUGGUAGACUUCGGCUUCGACCCCACACCCUCGAUGGAUGCCCACGGCAUGUCCGAGAGUAGUUUCGCAGUCAACAGCGCCCUGCUGGACUUUGAGUGUGCUUCUGGAAGCUGUCACCAUUCCUUUGGCAGUGAGGAUUGGUCCCAACAAAACCAGGCUACUGGAGUACAACCAGGAUCCCUGAGGGUUUUCUGUACAAUCUGUGGCAAGGAGAAGAUGGAGGAGGCCGACAGUCCUCAGCUACACACUGUCUCGGAGGUCUGUGAGUUGACCACAGCGGCCACACCCAGGAAAGUUCGGAGGUCCUCGGUCGCCGCAGCACCCCCUGGUGGCAUGACGAGGGCAGAGCUGCGCCUGCUGCUGCUGCUGUGGCUCCUCUUAUACUGCCUGCUGGUCCUGCCCCAGCUGGACCUGCGCACGCUGCCGCACCUCCUGCUCAACCUGGAGGAGUGAUCGGGCCCUGGUGCCACACACUCUCGGUUGCAUAUUUCCCGUUUGGGGGGAGUGGGGAGGGCUUUGCCGCUUUACAGGUGUACUUACACACUUAUACACACGUAAGUGCUUCGCAAAUUAUCUCCCAAACAGUACAUUUUACACGUCGCUCUUCUUAGCAGUGUGGUGCAGUGUGUUUAAAGCAUAGGGAUUAUUCAUUAAAGGACAGUUAAUUUUCUUUUCUUUUUUAUAUGGAACAUCUACUUCCUUUGAUAUUGUACCGUGUGCUCGAAAUGCGCCAGGGUGGUUGUUUUUUUAAUUAUGGAUAAAAAGGAGGCGAAUAUUCCCCCCCCUUGCGUACAACGGAUGUGUAUGCCAUAGAGUGGUAAGAGAUAGGAGGCUGUUGCAGAUAUGACUUUACCAAAUGGAUAGACUGAAUUUAAGUUUCAUUUUCAUUACGCCAAUUUCGGGGCCGUUUGGAUUUGUAAGAGUAAAAAUGUAAGGUUGUCUUUUCACUGCCACGGGCUGAGUUUGUGACGGAGGUGGGUGGAGAAGGUGUGUGUGUGUGUGUGGGGGGGGGUGUUCAAGCACCGCAUGUGACAGUCUAUCGGGGAAGGACCGUUUUGUUCACCCGCAACGCUUUUAUGCCAUUUGCACUUAUUUUUUUCCCAAAUGCAUGAACAGCCAAAGACGCAGAAAUUGAAUUGUUGAGAGACUGGGCUGCCCCCCCCCCCCCUCUUAAAAAAGACAAAAGCCCAUAAAAUCCUUGUAUCCGCUCUUUGAUAUGCACAGGUGCGAGUGAGGCUUAUUUGAUAUAUUUUGCAGAAGCUAAAACGAUCUAGAGCAAACCUAUUUAAAAUAUAUAAUAUAGUAACGUUUGUAUAGACAGUGUAUUUGACAUGCUUUAUUUCUUUUAUUAAUACUCUUAGUGUUUGUAUGCCUAAGCUAAACCUUUGGAUGUGUUUAAAUUAUUCUAACUGUUAAGAUUUUGGAGAUCGUUUUUAAAGUUUUGCCUUUUCAUUUUUAAAUCGUAUCGGACUGCUUCAGACGAUCCUAAAUGAAGAUUUGAAAGUCACAGUUUACAGUUUGCAUAUUGUGGUAUUUUCAAAAUGAAAUAUUUCUAUAUUUUACGAAAUAUGUGAUGAAUGUUUGUGCACUGAAAAUUAAUGCCUUGCCGAUGCCUCCUUAUGCAACGCAAUCGUUAGCUGAUUCAGAAGAGUGCGACAAGCUUUUAAACUGAUUCCCAUAUAAUUUCGUGUAGGGUGGCACAAAAAAAGAGGAUUGCGUGUGUAUAUAUAGAUGGGCAAUUUGAUUAACAAUCAGAAAUGGUCUGAAGAGACUGAAGACUCUUCUAUGACUUCUUGAUUUAGACUUGUUCAUUUGUUACAUUUUACAUACAGAUCACACUGAGAUUCACAGGUAAGGAUGCUUACUCAGAUCACUGCAUGUUGCGUUUGCAGAAAAUCUCUUGUUUUCAUGUCACAGAAAAUUCAUGGAACAUCAUGAAUGAAGCACCUAGAUAUGGGUUAGUGUGGCUUUUAUGAUCGCACACGCUUGUAUAAUAUAAUCAGAUAUUUUGCAGGGACUUGACUGGCUGAAAAUCCUACAGGAAUAUUAUCCAAGUAUGUUGACUGAAUACAUUCAUUUUUUUGCCAUUAUUGUAUAAAUUCAAAUGUUUAUUUAAUCAAGUUGUCAGACUUCUGUGAUCCCCGGGGUGAGUAAACCGUAAGAAAAAGGUGUGUUAUCUAUGGAGAUCUAGGUCAAAUGUUUUGUAGUUUUGACAUGUAAUAUUUUGCCAGCUUUGCCCUCUAGUAGAAUGAAGAUGAAGUGGAUUAUUUGUUACAAAAUGAGAAAGUACUCUGAGUUUUCUGAGUAAAUCUGUAAAUUGGUUCCUGUAAGUACACGAUAGUCCAAGACAGUGCUUGUCGCGUGUGAUUCAGAGUGUAUUGACAAGGUGAGAAUGGAGAGCUUGUAAUGAUGCAAAUCCAAUAUUUAAACCUUUGAUUUUCUAUUUGUAUGUAUCAACAUUCCCAGUCUAAUAUGACGAAAAUAAAAGUACAUCCAAAUUUGUUGAUUAAGUUUAGGCUUUGCAAUAAAAAAAGAUUUCAGGAAAAUGCUGUGUUACCUUUCAUGUUGCUAUUGUAUCAGAUGAUAAUCAGUCUUAUGUUGAAAGCAUUACUCAUGCAAUAAAAUAAAAUUUUAUCCUUU